AUGCGAGUCACACCAACCAAGGCAUCUUAUGAUGUCCACGCUCAAGAUGAUGAUCCUCAGACAAAUGAGGAGGAGCAUACACUUUUGAUCAAAAUGAUAACAAAAAUGUAUCGGAAGUGGGCUACGUUUGUUUCGAAGCAUACUAUUAUAAUCAUUGUUCUCUGUACAGUUGCAACAUUAAUAGGCACAGCUAAGCUUGUAACUACUCCAAAUGAGAAUGACAUAACUGGCUACACACCAUAUGGAGCUCGUGCAAGAGAUGAGUUCAACGUUGCUGGCGAGUUCUUCUCUAAAAACGGCAAUGGAAUCGCAUUAUUGGCGUUGGUGUUACCCAAACAUGGAAAAAACGCGUUACAACCAGAAAUACUUAAGGAGGCAUUACGAAUUGAAUCAAUUCUGACAACAAAUUUCACCAUGUUGAAUAAGGUGAAAAACAAAACAGAAAACUACAGGGAGUUCUGCUACUCGUUUUGCCAGAUAAAUGAACCUUUCGCCAUGUUUGUGGAAGGCUAUCUUCUUCAACAAAGCUUGAAAGACAGCGGACAGCCUCUGAAUACGCGCCUUAUCUUGAACUAUCCUACUAGUUCUGUAUACGAUCGCGAAAUUAAUAUACAACAAAGCUUCUUUGGCAUAGUUAUUGAAGAUGAACAACGUGUGUCUAAUCAGACAACAACAACAACAGCGGUGGCAGAAUCCAGAAUCACAAAUAUGGAGAGUGCAAGGUUGUUUGCCCUGCAAUUAAGAGCUGAGCGUAAAGAGGGAUGGACAACUCAAGAAGUCAAAGAUUACGAAAUGGAAAUUGCAAACUAUUUUGAAAAGAGAUUUGUAUCAGAUCACGUUCGUGUUCUCACAUUGUCUACUUCAUAUGUAGAAUCUGAGGUUGUGAGAGCUGGUAUGAGCCUGAUGCCGUUCCUAAUAGUUGGUUUCGUCAUCAUGGCUUUCAUAUCGAGCUUGAGUACCUUACUCUCAGCAUUGUAUAUGAAUCAAGUCAGCAUCCAUAAAGUUUCCUUGGCUAUAUUAGCUUGUAUCUGCCCAUUCAUGGCUUGUGGUACUGGAUUAGGCUUACUAUUCGCCAUUGGAGUACGCUUCGGAUCUAUUCUCUAUGUCACACCAUUCCUUGUCUUGGCUAUUGGUGUUGAUGAUGCUUACCUCAUGAUUCACGCAUGGCAGCGAGUAACGAGGAAGUUAAGACAGAACCCACAUCCUGAUGACUCUCCAGCAUUCAGACUUGCUGAGGUGCUCGCAGAUACUGGGCCAGCAAUCAUUAUAUCUGCGUUGACAAAUAUCUUGGCAGAUACUGUGGGAACAUACACAGGCUCUCCUGAAAUCACCUUAUUAGCUUACGGGAAUAUGAUAUGCAUCUUUGUAGACUUCAUUUAUCAAAUAACAUUCUACUCUGCCGUCAUGAUCAUAGUUGGUGAGUUUGAGAUGGAAUCAGAACGACAACAGAAUUUCACUCAAAGAAUUUGUUGUGGAGGUGAAGAAGUUGAUAGCGUAUCAUCGGGUAGUGAAACAAAGCCAUCUUUCCAUGACAAUGUGAAAGCAAAGAUGAUGUCAUUUUUAGAAUUUUAUUUGAACCUUGUAACAAACAAAGUGUUCGAUCUGUUAGUCAUUACUUUAUGGGGAAUUGGCUUGGGAUUCACAAUUUACGGUAUUACACAGAUGCCAAUCAAUCUAACUCCGAAAAAGUUAUUUGCUAAAGAUUCAACUUUAUUGGAGAUGGACGAUAUGAGGGUCGACUAUGUCAUUCCCCAUUACACACUUGCGACAAUUUUCAUAAAUAAUCCCGGCAAUCUAUCAAACCCUGACAGGCUUCAGAGGCUUGACAACUUUGUUCUUGAAAUGGAGAGUUUACCAGGGGCUUGGGGAUCAGUUUCUUCAAAUUAUUUCAUUCGUGAUUUCAUAGAGUUUGAAAAAACCAUAAAGGAAUUAGAAGCUGAUGGAGAGGAAAUGGCGACAGACGAUAAUAGCACACUGAACAUGAACGAUAUAAAAGCGUUCAUUGAGUGGCCGGAAUACGAAUACUGGAGAGGUUUUCUGAGAACACACGUUGAUAAUAAAACCGGCACUACAGUGCUUGAUAAAUUCUUCUUGACAACAGCAUUUCGUGGAGAGUAUUUGAAAGAAUGGGUUAAACGAGCGGUAAUGCUCCGACAAUGGAGAGCUGUUGUAGAUAAAUACAGUCCGGAAUUCAACAUUACUGUCUUCUCGGAUGACGGAAUCUACUUGGAUUUGAUUGACAAUAUGCCAACUGAUACUUGGCAGUCUGCCGUUGCUACCAUUGGAUGCAUGGCACUUAUAUGCUUCAUUUUCAUGUACGACAUGUUUACAGUGAUAGUGGCCACAGGAGUAAUAACAUCCAUUAUGGCUGGCAUAUUGGGAAUUUUAUCAUGGACGGGAACAGAAUUAGAUCCAAUUGUAAUGGCAGCACUGAUCAUAUCUAUCGGAUUCUCAGUAGACAUACCAGCUCAUGUGAGCUAUCACUACCAUACAGCAGGAAAGCAUGGCAGAAAGACUGUAAGGUCUCGUCUACACUACUGCAUUUCUUCUGUAGGAUUUCCUGCUAUUCAAGCAUCAAUAAGUACAAGUCUCUGCGUCCUUUCUCUCUUAUUUGUCUCGAUAUAUAUGUCUCAGGUGUUCGUUAAAACGAUGAUAUUAUGUAUGGCUCUUUGCGUGGUUCAUGGAUUAUUAUUAAUACCCUGCCUCUGUUCACUUUUGUCGCUUGAUACAAAAGUGGAAAAAGAGCAGAAUAAUUCUUCUGCCUUGCAAGAUAUGCAUCCGAAAACCAUUGAUGGUAUGAUCUCAUCGAAGCAUUAA